CUGAAAGAACCUCGGCUGCGUGUUCCCCACCUCCACAUUGUCGGCACUGUUGUUCUGCCUGUUCAACUUUUGUCAACGCAGACUUGUUGCUUCGUAUUCACGGAUCGUAUCUUUUUUUUAGCCAAGAUAAGUUUGGUCUGUUAGAUUAUCCUCGAGUAUAUAUCUUCUUUAUCCAAAUUUGCAGCCAAAUUCUCCGCCAUGAGAGGUAUUCAAGUCGCCGAGUAUGUCAAGGGACCGCAGGAACUAAAGGUGUCGGAUCUCCCUGACCCUGUGCCUAAAUCCGACCAGUACUUGAUUGAAGUCCAUGCUGCGGCGGCAAACUUUUUUGAUAUCCUCCAAAUCCAAGGGAAAUACCAACUUCAGCCGCCGCUCCCCUGGGUUUCAGGAUUCGAGUUUGCCGGUGUAGUCAUCUCCACACCCUCCAGCAGCAAAUCUCCUGCCUUCCCCGUAGGCACCCGCGUGUUUGGGGCUUCCCAGGGCGCCUACGCGACAAAGGUCUGCGCUCUCGAGGCCUCUCUGCUCGCUGUGCCGGAUGGCUGGUCCUUCCGCGAGGCCGCCGGCCUCUUCGUGACGGCCCCGACCUCGUACGGUGCCCUGGUGGUCCGCGCAGACGUCAAGGCCGGCGACUAUGUGCUCGUCCACGCGGCUGCCGGAGGCGUCGGCCUCGCGGCCGUGCAGGUAGCCAAGGCCAAGGGCGCAACCGUCAUCGCGACGGCCGGUACCAAGCGGAAGCUCGAGGUUGCCAAGGCCUUCGGAGCUGAUUAUGCCAUAGACUACCGGGCUGCUGACUGGCCCGAGCAGGUUAAGAAAUUGACCCCCAAAGGCCGUGGUGUGGAUAUUGUCUACGACCCCGUCGGUCUGGUAGACAAGAGCACCAAGUGUAUCGCCUGGAACGGCCGCAUCCUCAUCAUCGGGUUCGCCGCCGGCUCGAUCGAGAAGGUGGCCAUGAACAAGGUGCUCCUGAAGAACAUCUCGCUAGUUGGAAUCCACUGGGGAGCCUACACCCUGCACGAGCCCGCCAAGAUCGGUGAGGUCUGGGAUGACAUCCGAGACAUGAUCAAGAAGAAGCAGUUCCGCGGAACGGAGUUCACAGACAAGGAAUUCGUCGGGCUCGAGUCCAUCCCCGAUGCGCUCAUCGCUCUCGGGAGCAGAGACACCUGGGGCAAGGUAGUGAUUCGGAUUCCGCAGGGGUCGUCGGGGAAAUUGUGAGGGCGGUUGCGAUUUAGUGCAUUGUAGUACCAGUUUGUGAGAUUCUAGACUAGGAACCCGGCAGCUAGACAACGGACUAGGCCUAGAAUCUCGAUCUAAUCUCUAGUCAAAGAGGGCAUUUUUUCUGAGAUGUGUAGAUCGGAUGGGUGGGGGACAAGGGGGUGAAAAACAAGAGACAAGGGGCGGCAAAAUCGUCCGAUCAGCAAGCCGAUAGUACCGGUGUAUCAAGCCAUAAAUCAAGACUCUUGAAGUGCAGAAG